AUGUCCGUUCCUAGGCCCACAGAUUCCACAGAGCCCGCUAUAAAUGACGCAGAGCUCAGACUCAAAGCUCUCCAAAAACAAAAGAAAGUAGAGCAAGGCCACUUGUUGCCGCCUUCCAACGCGACACAUCCCUGCGACCGCUGGGAGACGUUUUACGUCUACAAAUUCAUCCAAAAGUUUACAAAUCUAUGCGAAGAAAUUCCACAAUUUCUCCACAUUACAGAUCUCGAAAAUGCGCUCCUCGACGAACCAGGAGUAGUCAAUACGUUGCUAGAACAAGUCGUUCUGCGCUUCAUCCUCAAUCUACGACCAAAUACACGGAAUACGAGUUCGGAGCUUCUUCCAGCAACACUGCAGAGCGUGCUACAUGAGCUGUUGAAGGACAAGGAUAGACUGCGAGAACGAACAGUCUUUUGGGACUACGAUGCAGAUACAAACGUGAUGCCCCUGAAAGACCUCGAAGGCGGGUUCUGGUUCGCCUCGUGGGACCUCAAGCUUCGUAUCCUUCGCCAGCUUGUCGAUUGGCAGCUCCAUUACUCUAGUGCGAUUCGGGAUGUGAUUGACACCGCUUGGCAAUUCAGACAAAAGCCGCACAAGAAGAAAGCAGAAGCACCAAAGCCGCCUCCGUCGCCCGGAGCACCAAACAGUCGAGAGGGUCUAAGAGUUGCACCGAUCGGUCAAGAUAAAGACAGGACACGAUUUUGGAUAGCAGACAAUUCUCCACGGCUCUACGCAUCCAAUAAUCCAUGGAAAGUGGCGCAAACUUUCCGUUGUGUUGCACAGACACGCGAGGACUAUAUUGAAUGGAUCGAAAAAUUACGAGCCAGCGCUCCGCCGGAGCAGGAAGAAGGCAACUACGAAGACCAUAGGCACCAUUUACACUGGGAACUUAUAUAUGCGCUGGAGAUGAGAGUGGAUGAGGUGCAAAGGGCGCUAGAGGACGAGGACAACAUUCGCAAACAAAGAGAAGCAGUUGCCAACGCGGCGCCGACGCACCGCGUCUCUCGCUCAUAUGCGUCGCUCCUUUCGGAGACCGAGGUGGCUGUCAGAGAGGAAAUCCAAGCAGCUGAGGACUGGCUGAUUAACCGCACGGACGUCCAGUCUGGAGAUGAAGUCCCAGAUACGCGGGAGACUACACCUGGGGGGCACGAGGAAGACGGUGCAGAAGUUACCAAACCAACCACCAACAAGCAGUACGAGCAAUAUGACGCAGAGUACGACGAAUUACAGGACGACCCGUCACUCAUCAUAGAGUCGGACGCCGAACGUAAACCAGCUGGCAAGAAGAGGAGAAGACGCCUCACUCCAGUCUCGCAAAAGCCAACCAGAGUAUCAGCACGGAAAAGGGCGCGUCAUGGAGAAGCGGAAGGAUCGGCACCGACUGAAAUUGCCCCUGCCCUCGCCAUGAAUGGGCAUGGUCCUCAGUCGGAGCCCAACGAUGACGUCGCACCCCUGGAGCCCAAGCAACCAGAAAAGAGUGCAAAAGGUAGAAACGCAAAGUUUUGGUAUUUCGAUCAAGUCGAGGGGCCCCCGGCCAAGCGUCCAGACAUGGUGGAUAACCCAGACGCAAUUCUCAAACGUAAGCGAACGAGGAAGACCACCUUGCCUAUAGAAUUGGAUCCUCAAAUCAAUGGGAAUCCAGCCCCUACGAUUGCGGUCCCAAUGGAAUCAACGUUGCAAACGACAGAGGGCUAG